AUGUCCUCAUAUCCAAGCUUUGAAGAAGGUGGAAUGUGCUACGUUGCCUGCGAAGAAACAUUUGAAUAUUAUAAUAACUCACGCUUUUAUUGCUACAGAGGCUGCGAUUUUGGAAAAGGCAGAGUGAAUGUCCCUAAACUCAGAAAAGAGGCAGAAAGUAUGUGCAAAAGAAUGACGGCUGAAGCACUAGAAACUCAAGUCGAUCUGGAUAAAAUCAAAGAUCUGCGUGUCAGCCCAUUUAUGGACCCUGACAGUUCAGAAAAUAUUUAUAAAGCCUGCCUUUCAGGAAUCAGAAGACAACGCUGGUAA